AUGGGUUGUGUUUCUUCGAAGCUAGUAAAGAAGCAACUUGUAAGAGAGAUUCGAGUCAACAAUGGCGGCGAUCACAUCGUCUCUCUUACUUCCACUACUUACGGUCAUCUCGACAUCAAGGAACGAGCAGAGACUUCUCCUCCUACAUUACAAGAACUCACUACUGAAUCCGAAACAACCAAACCAAGGAGAUCUACUAAUACACAGAGAGAUGAUCAUCCAGAGAUUAUCAACACAUGGGAGCUUAUGGAAGAUCUCGAAGAAUCAACCAAGAUUAGUCCCAAAUCUCGUGGAAUCUUCGGGAAACCAUGGAAGACUCCGGUGAAAUCGAACGUGGAGUCUCCGAAGAGGAACGGUAGCAGUAAGAGAUUCAAGGGAAAAGAAAACAGAGGAUUGAGUCCGAAUCAGAUUCCGAAGAGAGGCGUGAUGCGUUUGAGUUUCCCUCUCAAAUCAGAAGAGCCUUUAGUGGUUACGCAGAGGAGGAAGAGUUUCAGUCCAAUGUUCGAUCCAGAGCUCGUGGCUUCUUACGAGAGAGAGUUGUCUGAGGAGAAAGAACAGAUCAAGAUGGUGAUUUCUUCAGGAAAAACAGAGAAGAAAAACAGAGAAACAGAGAGGAUGAUCCUCGAGAGUUUCCCGGAGAAAUGUCCACCGGGAGGAGAAGACUCGGUGGUGAUAUACAUCACAACGUUGAGAGGGGUAAGGAAGACUUUUGAGGAUUGCAAUGCGGUUAAGUCGGUGUUGGAUUCUCACGAAGUUAGAUUCUUGGAGAGAGAUGUGUCGAUGCACUCUGUUUUCAAGGAGGAGUUGAGGGGUAUUUUGGGGAGGAAAGAGGUGAAAAUACCGGUGGUGUUCGUGAAGGGGAGGAUGUUAGGGAGCGUUGAGGAAGUGAUGAAGUUAGAGGAGGAGGGUAAAUUGGGAAUUUUACUUGAGUGUAUGCCUAAACAGAGGCUUGGAGGUGGGUGCUGCUGUGGAUGUGGUGGGUUGAGGUUUGUGAUGUGUGAUGUUUGUAAUGGAAGUUGUAAGGUUAUGGAUGUGGAGAAGCAGAAUACAGUCAAGUGUUUGGUGUGUAAUGAGAAUGGUUUGGUUUUGUGUCCACUUUGUUCUUAAGAUAGAUUUUUCAGUUUUCCAUAAUUUUUAUGGUGGAGUUUGUUUUGGUUUCUAAUGAUUUGGUGGUGUGAGUUUCUAAAGAUGGAAUCUGUUUUUAAUGUUUGUAAACGUUUCUUCAUUAAAGAUUCAAUUUAUUUUGUAGCCCUUUUGAAUAUUGCUUCAAU